CAAGCCAACGCUCGAUCGCAAACGCACACGCUACUCUCUUUUUUUUUUGUUGGUGGUGGUGAGGGGCUGGCUGGAUCUGGAUGGCGCACGGGCGGAUGAUGAUGGGCUGCGUGUUCCUGGCGUGCCUGCUGGUGGCGGCGUCGGUGCCGUCCACCGCGUCCGCGUUCGUGUUCAAGGCGGGCGGCACGGGCGAGUGGCGCGUGCCCGCCGCGGCCGCUGGCAGCAACGUCAGCGCGUACAACGCGUGGGCGCAACGCAACCGUUUUCGCGUGGGUGACGCCAUCGCUUUCACGUACCAGCCCGGCAAAGACUCGGUGCUCCUCGUCGACGAGAGGUCCUACGACGCCUGCGACGCGAGCUCGCCGACCGACACCUUCGCCGACGGCAGCACCGUCUUCACCUUCAACCGCUCCGGCCCCUUCUACUUCAUCAGCGGCAAUAAAGGCAACUGCGACCGCGGCGAGAAGCUGGUCGUCGUCGUCAUGGCCGAGCGCGCGGCCAUCGGCACGGGCGGCACGGGGCUGGCGCCGUCGCCGUCGUCGUCGUCGUCCCCCAACGGCCCAUUCUCCGCCUUCUCUCCGCCGCCGCCACCCUUUGGCAUCGACAUCUCGCCGAGUCCCACGGCCGCGUAUCCGCCACCAAGUGCCGCGCCGCCCAAGAUGGCAGGACUUGCCGGCGCGGCGGCGUUUGCCAUUAUUGGAGCCUUGUUCUACGCGCUUGUUUGAUGAUACGUACGCGUGUUUUGUUUAUCCACUCAGAUCAUAUGCAUAUACAUAGCGACCAUAUAUGCCAUUGAGUGAAUUUAUUUUUAAUGUAUAGUGUAUCAAAUGCUGGUGUGAUGCAUGUAUUGUUGAUUAAUUAAUUCAGUGCUGAUGGAAA